ACCUCCAAAAGCCCCAAUGUCCCACUGGCGCCAAAACCCGUACUCACGUAGGCCAUAAUCUCACCAAAACAUUGCCUACAUCUCACCGCUUAUCUUCUCACCAAAGACCUUCAUCUGCUAUCUCCGACGCAAGAAGGUCCUCGCACUUCUCACGUUCUCUCGCACGUGUGCAUCUCACCUUUUACUCGGCGCAGUGCACAUCGCACUCACUUGAGUCGGAUCGAAUCGGAACCUCCGUCAGUAAGUGCCAAAAAUUGAUAAAACCCCCAGCCACCAACCGGAUCCGUUUCAGUCUAGUCGCAACAGCUUACCCCAACGGUAGGUAGGUAGUAGGACCACACGCAUUUCUCCCCCGUACGCGAACAUCUCCCCCACACACCACCACACAACACACGUGUGGUUUGGCUGUCAGUUAGCGAAGGCGACGGCGACGGCAACGGCUUCGGCGCGCGAGUGCUUUUGCGUGAAGCAGCAAGCAGUGUGAUCGGAGCAAAAAACUUUCACUACUUUCUCGAUCGGUGACGAGGCGAAGACGAAUUCGGUCGGCCGAACGAACGUCGAACGGAUUCGGCUAGUAGCAGAAGCAGCAUCAGCGCGCGAUCGAGCCGAGCGACCGACCGACCGGUUUGGCUUUGGGCUUGUGCAAUUCGUGGCGGACGAUCGAGGUGGACUUUUCGCUGCUUCCUUUAGCGGUAGUGUGGCGCUGAUAGGCAACCGGACAGUAGUGUUGUUUAGAGCUGAGUGAGCGAUCGUGAAGCGUGGACAAAUUAAGUGGUUGUGAAAUUUUGGUGAGAGAUUAAUGAAAUUAGAGGUUUAAUAGCGGUGCAUUAGUUCCCUGUGUGUGUGACAUUGAAGGGCAAAUCUUAUCGCGGGCGAACAAUCGGUCGUAUAGUCACAAAGUUCGUGAGUGGAUGAUAGCAGCGUGAGCUGAACGGAAGGGCGCUGAACCUGACGGAGCCGAGGGGCACACCGCCGCCAUCAAUCGCUGGACACUAAGAUCGACGACAUGGACCAUCAUCCGCUGCCGGCCAAAGCGGAAACAGUCGUCUAAGCUGUUUGAACGUCAGGUUUCAAAUUGCAGUAUUGCGUGAAUGUAUGUAACGCGCGCGCGCGGGAACAAAUGACUGAAUUAGCCCCGACUGGAUUGGUUUGCAAGUGGGAUUUCGAAAGUGACACACGGCUCCGUGCUCCGUCCAACAAGUGAGAGUGAAAAUUAAUCGAAGAAAGUGGUGAACACACAGUGCACAGUUCUAAUAAUAAACCGAAAGUGAUUUCUAAGUACAGCAAGACCCUUCCACGAGCAUAGUGCGUACGUGGAGAAUACCGAGCAAAUAGUUGUGCACCAGCUCUAGGCUAGGAUAGGAAAAAGUAUGCAAUCAAGUGCGUCCGAUAUGGAGUCGAGGCUUGUUGGGGAUCUUCAGAGCGGCCAUCAUUGCGACAAAAACGUCGACACCCUUCGCCGGAGAAAGAUGGUCAGUGGAUCUUCAUCGCGGCGAUCCGGUCGGUGCCUUGCGGUAAUCGUGUGUCUAAGUGCGUUGAUGAGUUUGGCGCUGGCCGCCACCACUACCGAAGAAAGCACGACGCUGGCCCAGAUCGAAGAUGAACCCACCACCAAUUACCAUAAUCAGACGGCCGUCGAUGACAGUAGUGAUAGCAGCAGUGAUAACAGCAUCACGGAUCGGUUAAGUGAGGAAAUCAGCAAUCUAACCAUCUCCACCGAACAACCCAUUGAGGUCAGCACCGCCCGCAGUAGAAGGCCUCUGUUUUCGACCGGAAAUCGUCUCUGGGACGCCUUGAUCGCCGAAUGCAUCAAGAAGCCAACUUUCGCGUGCAUUCAGAAAAACGUCUACAGCUUUCUCGGUGAAUCCCUGGAAGUGGGAGAUUUCAACGUGACCAACCGGGUGAUAUUCACGAAGAAUCGCGUUGAUUUCACCAAAUAUACCCGGGAGGCGAACGAGGACGAUGAGCACCACGAGGCGGAUAACGAGAUUCCGGAUGCCAGAGGAGAUUUUGAACCGACGUCGCCCAUCGAAGAGGUUACGACGGCGCUGCACGACAAAACGCUGAAGUUUAUGCUGACCCACGAUGUCAACAUCAAGAUGCCGGAAAUCAUGUUCGAUGGGGCCAUUUUCCGCAUCGAACCCCGGGCCAUCGAAGGCAACGGAAUGCUGGCCAAGUUGGAGUUUGUACCGCGGACGACGAUCGUGGCGCGUGGGGCGUCGGAGCCGAGGAUUCUGUUCAAAAAGAUUAAAAAAUUCUUCCAAAGUAAACUGCUGCUCGCCUUCCUGGGUGUCAUCCUAGUCAUCAAGAUCAUCAAAAUCAAAAUCAUGUGGUUGCUGCCGCUGCUGGUCGGCGUCGGAACGGCCAAGAAGCUCGUUCUCAAGUUCCUGCUGUUCCUCUUCCCGGCGCUGUCGCACAUCUUCAAGCUGUGCUCGUACUACCACGCGUCGUACCACAAGCCAAACUUCCACCACCAUCAGCAUCACAUCAACCAUCUGCACUCGUUCUACCAGCACGACAAGGAACUCCCGGAGUUGAUCUUCACCAAACCCCCACGAGGACACCCCUCGGAGUACAUCCACGGAGCACCGGUUCCACCACAUGCCCACUUCCAGCCGGAACUCCACUACGAAUCGUCCGGACCCGGCCUUGGUUCAGAGUUCAUUAGCGAUAGAAACUCUUACGUAGACACCUCGUUCAAGCCACGGUACGAGGACUUGAACGAUAUCAAUGCAUGGGGUUUGGGCACUGGCACCACAGCAGCACUGCCUCAGCAACCCUCAUCAUCAUCAUCAUCAUCAUCUGCAUUCUCUUCACCAUCUUCCUCCGGUAUUAACACUAGCCACCACCGGAGCAGCAAUGUAAAUCCACUCACGCAUCAACAGUCCAGAAUCGUUAUUCCCAAACCCGUUUACGGGCCACCACCAUCCGCAUACGGACCAUCGGCGCACAGCUUUGCCUCGCAGGCGCUAAAACGGACGCCAUCCGGAGCGGCCAGUUCCAUUGCGGCCGCGUACGUUUCAGCCCCAUCCGGAUCAACGGCAGCGGUAGAAGAACAGCUGAUCCGUGAAGCUCAACGGCAAGAAGCCUACAGGAUAGCUCAGGAGCAGAAGCUAAUCGCCAAGCAGCAACAGAUCGUCAAUCACCAAGCGUUCGUGCAGGAGGGCGUCACUCCGCGGCCCGUCGAUCCAUUCUACAGUCCCAUUCUGCAGCGGUUGGACAAGGUGUUCAAUCUGCUCGGCGUGGUGGACGAAAACUGCCGGGAACGGCUCGUUUGCGCCAUGUAUAAGGCACCGAUCAAGUACAGUCCGCACAGUAACUACGUCUCGGCGGAACUGAGCAGGGACGCCUCGGAGCUGCAGAAACCCACCUCGACGAACGCGGCCGUGAUUCGGUUCUACCGGUACGUGCAGGCGGCCCGCGACGGCCAGGACCAGCGGGACUGCCGGCAGACUUACUCGCUCUGUACAAUCAACAUUGACAAGAAGAAGUAGUAAUCAUGCAACACAAUAGUAGAGACAUCCCCCCAGCUAAGACAAGACAACCCCAACCACAAUAGAACGGAACUUAGAAGGCAAUCAUCAAAACUCAAACGGAAAACGGAAACAGAACCAGUUGCUCAAAUUUAGGGAAUGGCGAUGAAAGGCGCAGAUGCGUGGAAUAUUUCAGUGUGCAUAAAUGUGUUUGAUAAAAGUAAAAAUUUAGAAUAAUAUCAUUGCACUAUAUGAUGCAAACUAGUUGAACUUAUAACUGAUCGUAAACAAUCGCAAAUGUUAUUCGGACGUUGAAAACAUCAUUUGCUCUCGUGUACAUAAUAAGCAUCCAGAAAGAGUGUGAAAAGCGCACUGCUCAUUAGUUGGUAAGAAAUCUCCCAGUAGCAGAAUGUCUGAUGUAGUCAGCUUAGCAUAGAACACUAGUAGAUUAAUAAGGGUAUUCAGGUGUUGGAACAUGUAGUAACAACAACAGCAAUUGAUAGAUACGAAUUUCAUAAAAAAAAACACUAGGAAAACGAUCUAUCAAAUGGCACACUAUUAGAAUAGUAGCUUUCUAGGGGUCAACUUUUGUUUUGGCCGUGCGUUUUCUAACGGAGAUAAAUAACAGAAAAACUAUGAGGUUCCAGUAGUGUACCAAAUCGUUUCAGGUUAUAGCUAUAGUAUAUUCAUUCAGAAGCGUUUCGAUAAUGAAGUGACGCUGACCUAUUGUUAGUAACUUAUUUGUUUAUGUUUAGCGUUUUUCAUAUUUAUUUAUUUAUUUAUUUAUU